AUGAAUCAGUACGAGACACUGCGUUCCGUCGGCCGAUUGGAACAAUAUUCAACAUCCCGCCACCAAGUAGGAUUCUAUCUGAACGUUGCUGUAGCAGCAACAUAUCGUCUACCAGAUACAUGCGUCCUCCCCAUCAAAGAUUACGUGUAUCAAGCUACUGAGACCGCAAUUGCCGAGCAUCCGGCGCUAUCCGCCAUCGUAGCAGACGACCACACACAAGAGCCGUACUUCGUACGUCUCCCACAACUCGAUCUCGACAGAAUCGUCUCUUUUCAAGAUCGAAAACCAGGCCUGCUAGCAACAGAAGCCAAUGGCGAGCCUGCCCCAGAUCUGGACCUGCAAGCUCUCCUAGCAACAGAGCACAACAAGCCUUUCAAAACCCCUGAUGCUUCAUGGAGACUCUGCGUUCUGCUAGACACAGAAUAUGAAUGCCAGUUCACCGUGGUCUUUGUCUACCACCACGCCAUCGGCGAUGGAUCUUCCGGAAAAGCCUUCCACCAGACCUUCCUCCGCGGCCUAGGCCUAACAAGGAACUCAGAGAAGACCAAGUCCAUCAUCCUAACACCACUGAUCCCGCUUCUACCAAACAUCGAGCUCGUCUCGCCAAUGUCUCUCUCCUUCUUCUAUCUCGCGAAGAAACUCUUCCAGGCGAAGAUCUACUCCCGCCGUCCAGCAGGUCUCUGGACCGGCUCUAAGGUCCUCACUCCAUCCCAAACUCGCGUCCGACUGGUUCCCUUUUCCAGAACUCUACUUCGCGCGUUAAGACAUCUCUGCCAUGCGCAGAGUACGACUAUAACGGCUUUAUUGCAGACUGUCAUUGCCCGCGCAAUCUUCGCUCACAUCCCUGCUUCUUUUACCCAGUUAGCGUGCACAGGCGCACUUUCUUGUCGUCGCUGGCUGCCUGCUGUCAUUAAUGAUGAGUCGAUGGGUGUCUGGGUACAGGGGUUUGAGGAGUCAUACUCGCGAGACGAUCUGUACGCUGCUGCAUUCCCGUGGGACGAAGCGAGACGGUCUAGGAAGACUAUCCAGUCUGUUCUGGAGAUGAAGGGGAAAGACGCCAGUGUCAAUCUUUUGCAGUUUGUUGAUAAUUAUCAGGAGGAAUUGUGUUUGUCUAAGAUUGGUAAGGAGCGCGAGGGCAGUUUUGAGGUUUCUAAUGUUGGCUUUGUGGAUUCGCCAGCGGAUCCUGAGAAGCCUUCUAUUAAAGGGAUGGUGUUUUCGCAGUCUGCCAGUGUGAUGGGCAAUGCUAUUGAGGUCUCUGCCAUCACGGGUGGUGAUGGGUGUUUGGUUUUGUCGGUGUCGUGGCAGGAAGGGGUUGUUGAGCCGAGCCUCAUUAACGAGGUCAUUGAGUCGGCCAAGCAGGAGCUUUAUUCUCUUGGUAGACUUCAAUGA